GUUUUUGGAUCCCUCUCAAGCGUUGAAAAUCAACCUGCUGCUGUCGCCCAUUCAGAUGGCCCUGCAACUUGGGAGCCCUGGGAGCCCUGGGAGCCCUGUGCCUUUCGCUUGGACCAGCUUCCUGCUGAAUUGCACCAAUGAAGGUCACAUCCUGAUUUUCAUUGCUAUCUCCAGCUGCUAUUUGGACGCCAGUUUGCGUGAAAAGGUCAUGGCAACCGUGAAGAUGGAGGCGAAGACCAGGGAGGCCGAAGCCAACUUGGCCGCGGCGCGGAAGCUGCUGAAAGUCACCUGCGACGCCUCGCUGCAGCUGACCGAAAACUUGGAAAUCACCCAGCCGGAAAGGGCCUUCCUGGAGAUCUUGGGAGCUGAGGCUUUGGAGGUUGAGGGCCGGUCCUUUUUGGACUUCAUCAGUCCUGCAGAUCGCCAGCGUUUCGUGGAUGUGGUACAGACUUCAUCGAUCCACGAGUCACCGGCGGGGUCCUUGUCGGUGCAUCUCGUCGACAGCUCUUGUGAGGUGAGAUUAUAUCAUGUCAAAAUUCACAGCGAAAAAGCGUCCAGUCUGGACUCGGACCCCGACGGAAGUGUGCCGGUUCAGCAUUUGCUGGGAGCGACUCAGAUCACGACCCAGACCAAGGAAAUGGCUCGGGCCGAUGACAUGAGGUUUCUCUUGGGCAAAUGCCCCGGGUCGCAGAGCAAGUCGCGGGUAUCUGAGAGUGCCAUCGACGACUCGGUGUCGAUCAGCCAGAUUAAGCUGGCAGGGCUGGAAGACAUCAAGCUCACCAUUGAUGCCAUGAGUCUUGACGAGGGCUUUCUGAUCCACGCGGCGGAGUUCAACUUCGACACACGCGCAGCUGCCUGCUAUUUGCCCAACCUCAUGGAAUGGGUUCAGCCGGAGGCUCGCAAGCGACUCCUCUGCUGGAUUCAAGACCGGGUCAAUGCCAUCGCGGCAGGGAAGCAUCUCGAGUCCUCCCUGCACGACCUGCGCCUGCGGGAUCCAAGCGGAAGUUUGAUUGCCCGCACUGUCACAGCCUCAGAGUUGAUUGUGGCUCCACCGGAAGAUGCUUUUGACCGUCAAGGUAGUGAUAGUGGCUCUCAGCUUGAGGAGGUCUUUCUACUAUCCCUCCAGCUUAGGGACUGGUACAGUGCUUCUUAGUUUUUGCCGGACCCUCUGGUCGUCAGAUGCAACAGACAUUU